GUAUGCGGAACAAAACAACAUGAUCGUUAAUCGACGGCCAAAAAAUGGCGGCUCUAGUACUUGGUAUCGUCUCUCCGGUGACCUUCACCGGCAAGCUCUUGCCGAAUUCCCGAUCGCGACGGAGAAUGGUAGUCAAAUGCUCAAACGAACGCCGGAUUCUCUUCAACCGCAUUGCUCCAGUUUACGAUAAUUUGAAUGAUCUCUUAAGCUUUGGCCAACAUCGAAUUUGGAAGAACAUGACUGUCUCAUGGAGCGGAGCAAAAACAGGAGAUAAUGUUCUUGAUUUGUGUUGUGGAAGUGGUGAUUUAGCGUUUCUUUUGUCUGAGAAAGUUGGUUCAACUGGCAAGGUGUUGGGUUUGGAUUUCUCAUCUGAACAAUUAGCUGUUGCAGCAUCAAGACAGAAUCUUAAAGCAAGGUCUUGUUAUAAGUGUAUAGAGUGGAUUGAAGGUGAUGCUAUUGAUUUGCCAUUUGAUGAUUGUGAAUUCGAUGCGAUUACGAUGGGUUAUGGUCUUAGAAACGUUGUUGAUAGACUUCGAGCUAUGAAGGAGAUGUAUCGGGUUUUGAAACCAGGUUCAAGGGUGUCCAUACUUGAUUUCAAUAAGAGCAACCAAUCUGUUACGACGUUUAUGCAGGAUUGGAUGAUUGACAAUGUAGUUGUCCCUGUGGCUACUGUUUAUGGUCUUGCAAAGGAGUAUGAAUAUCUGAAGUAUUCAAUCAAUGGGUACCUAACAGGAGAAGAGCUAGAGACUCUUGCUUUAGAAGCUGGCUUCUCAAGUGCCUGCCAUUAUGAGAUAAGCGGUGGUUUCAUGGGGAAUUUGGUCGCUGAGAGGUAAACGAAUAACUUUCGACUGCCUUUCUAUACCAGAUAGAUUCACACUAUCUUUAUCUGGAUUGUUAUAAGAGAAGAGAAACGCUUUGCGUUAGGAUGAUGCCGAUAAUGUAGAGGAAUUGUUUUUAUCUGUAUAACUUACUUCUUUGAUCAAACUGUCAGUGUAAUCUGUUUCUGAUCCCAACGAUGACCAUGAAUCUUUAUGCAUUUUGUCUCUGUUUAUAUUUACUUAGAGUAAAGAAUAUUUCAAUAA